AUGUUAUCAAAAAAACGUAAUCCAUUUUCAUUUCAUUUUCUUCAUUAUCGUGACAAUGAUCGAAAACUUAAAUUAACUCAAACUUCUCAAACACAAUCAACAGUUGAUUUACAACAAAAAUCUCAAGAAAUUUUAGUUAAACCUAGUUGUCAAUUAUCUGGUAACCAAUCACAAUCAUUAUUAAAAUUAACAACUACCACAAAAUCACCUCCAUCCAAUCGAAAAAAUGAAAAAUAUCGAAAUAAAUUAUUUUCAUUGAAACAUCAUCAUCAUCACACAUCACAAUCAAAUAUAAAUCAAGAUUCUUCAACGACAACGACACUUUCACCUUAUUUACCCAUGUGUAUUAGUCGAGGAUGGUUAAAAAAGCGUUUAAAACGACCACAAUCAUUAGAUCUUGAACUUGUUAGUGCAUUUCAACAAGACAUUAUACAACCGUCUAACAAUAAUGAGACAACGACAAUAAUAGAAAAUAAUAAUAACGGUAAUUGA